AUGAAGAAGGAUGUGAUGUAUCCAUCUCAAAGCUUUAAUUUUGACCCUAAUUCUGCUGGUGUUACACAAUCGGAUUUGGAUGCUUCUCGUCAGGAUUUAGACUGGCUGGUACGUGUUGGUGUCGUUCGUAUUGUUGAUAAAUUGAUUGAGCAUCUGGACUUUACCAACGUGAUAAGUCUCAUCCGGCAUGCUGCUUUUGUGGCCGGGAUUGAGUCGGUUCAUAAAACUUCUGCUGGUGCUGGUGGUGGAGAUGUUGGUGUUGAUGCUGCUUUUGUCGGUCCCGUGGUUAGUGUGAAUGAUGCUUUGUUAUCUUUUGCCAGCAUGGAUCAUGCAUCCCUGUUGGGUUUAGGUGAAUUGGAUGUUGGAGGUCUCCGAGAACUUUGCUCGUUUGGUGGUUCAGAGGGUACUCCGGAAAGUGCGGUGGGUCAAGAUAUUGUGCAGGCUGCUGAGGUUGGUGGUAAAAAGGUGAACGAGGGUGGUGAUGGUGAUCGUGGAGAAGGUCAGGUGGUUGUUGUGGGAAACGAAGUCGUUCGUGGCGAAGAUGAUGUUGUUGAAGAUGCUCCGGCAUCGUGUGCUACCCCAUCUGGGGCGUGA